AUGCAUGCUGGAUGUCCACCGGACCCCGAGGUUGUCCCCACAGCAACUGCCGCAGCCAGACCCAUUCGCCACCUCCCUGAGACCAUCAAUAAGGCGACCCGUGCGCUCGCAGCUGCCAUAGAGGAUGAAAAGGUACAACAUUUGGGACGCAGCAUUUGUGCUGAGGAAGACGGUUACUUUGAUUCUAAAAACUUUUUACAAUCAAAGAGCCCUGCAGAAGCUCUGCAAUGGCUGCUGGAUCCAUCAAUAUUGCAAGCAGAUGUAAUGUUUAACGGCACGGUUGUACAGGAUGGCACGGGCGACCUGGAGCCGGUGAUCGGGCAGUCGGAGUUGCUGGCCGUUCCCAGAGCGCGCCCUGGUCGUCAGCAGGAAGCGUUGAGUGCAGCGAGGGAGCGUUCCUCUCAAGACGCGUUAGAAGCUGAACGCGUCGAGCAGGGCGGAAGCUCGUCGAGCGGCAUACUGGCCGACUGCAGCAGCGAGGAAAACGGGGAGUUUGGGUCCACCCGCGGGCCCCUCUGCUCUUCGCCGCCGCCCGCGACAUUGUCGUCGCUGGCCUCGCCGCCUUCGCCUUCGCCCUCGCCCUCGCCUUCGCCCUCACCCUCGCACUCGCCCUCGUCCUCACCCUCGCCCUCGCCCCCACCCUCGCCCUCGCCCUCGCUCUCGCCCGCGCCGCCGGUGCGCGUGGUGCGGGUGGCCGACGCGCGCGUCCCGCUCGUCACCAAGGACCUGAGCUUCGACGACAACCGGCCCAUCGGCGUGGACGCCGCCAUCCCGGCGUUCCUGCGCCGCGCGCGUGCCGCCCCGCCCGGCCCCGGCGCCCGGCCCGCCCCCGGCCACGGCCCGGACCUCGGCCCCCCGGACGAAGACAGACGCGCCACGCCCAGCGGCGAAGGACACGAACACACAAGACACGCCCCUGCCCCUGCCAACGACGACACAGUAUAUUCGUAG